CUUCUGACGACUCCCCACCCAACAACUUGCAGACGGCCGACAAUAAUUACUACGAUGAGCGACUCGGAGGAGAAUUUCGACCUCGACGUCUCGGGAUCCGAGUCCGACGACUUCGUGCCCGAUACCACGAAGAAGGCCACCAAGGCUCCCGCGAAGAAGACCGCAAAGGCUGCACCGAAAGCAGCAGCGAAGUCGAAGCCUACUAAGAAGACGAAAGUGCUCGUCGACAAGGACGACAACGCGGAUACGGAGGAGGACGACCAGGACGACGACCCUGUGUCUGCCGCAGGCCCGUCGGCGCCGGCGCCCGCACUGAAGGGGACCAAUGGCAAGAAGAAGAGUGCAUCAGAGAUGUACACCAAGCUCUCGCAACUGGAGCAUAUCCUCAAGCGGCCCGACUCGUAUAUUGGCAGCGUAGAGACGAUCACGACCACCAUGUGGACAUGGGACUCUGACAACAAACGCAUGGUCUACCGCGAAGUCAAGUACGUCCCUGGGUUUUUCAAGAUUGUAGACGAGAUCCUCGUCAACGCGGCAGAUAACAAGAUCAACGACCCAAGCAUGGACACCAUCAAGGUGACCAUUGACAUCGAGAACAACACGAUCUCCGUGUACAACAACGGACGUGGUAUCCCAAUUGAGAUGCACUCGAAGGAAAAGAUCUACAUCCCCGAGCUCAUCUUCGGCCACCUCCUCUCCUCGUCCAACUACGACGACGACGAGAAGAAGCUCACCGGUGGUCGCAACGGCUACGGAGCGAAGCUGGCGAACAUCUACUCAACCGAGUUCACGGUGGAGACGGCGGACAAGAACACGAGCCAGAAAUACGUGCAGACGUGGACGGAGAACAUGAGCAAGAUGGGCAAGGCGAAGAUCACGAAGAACGGUCGUGGGGAGGAGUAUACGCGCGUGACGUUCAAGCCCGACCUGAAGCGGUUCGGGAUGGAGUCAAUCGACGAGGAUACGGUCUCGCUGCUGAAGAAGCGGGUGCACGACCUCGCAGGCACGGUGAAGGACGUGAAGGUGUUCCUGAACGACGAGCGGCUGAAGAUCAAGAACUUCAAGCAGUACGUGGAGCUGUUCCUGAACUCGGCGGCGGAGGCGGCAGCGAACAAAACGGAUGGGGCGGCGCAGCCCAAGCCCACUGUCGUCUACGAGGCGCCCGCUGGGGGGCGGUGGGAGGUGGCGUUCGCGGUGUCGGACGGGACGCCACAACAGGUUUCGUUCGCAAACUCGAUCUCGACGUUCAAGGGUGGCACCCACGUGAACUAUAUCGCGGACCAGAUCGCAAAGCAUUUGAUUACGUCGAUUGCGAAGAAAAAUAAGGCGGCGACGGUGAAGCCGGCGCAGAUCAAGAGCCACAUGUGGAUAUUCGUGAAUGCGCUGGUGGAAAACCCGACGUUCGACUCGCAGACGAAGGAGACGCUGACGCUGCCCGCGAGCAAGUUCGGGUCGAAGCCGACCCUGUCGGAGGACUUCAUGAAGAAGGUCGCGAAGUCAUCCAUAGUAGACCAUGUCUUGAACUGGGCGAAAUUCAAGGCCGACCAGCAACUCAAGAAAACUGAUGGUAAUCGGAGGUCUAGAAUCACGGGCAUGACUAAACUGUGUGACGCCAAUAACGCGGGCACGAAGAAGGCAGGCGAAUGCACUCUCAUCCUGACCGAAGGAGACUCGGCUAAGGCCCUCGCGAUCGCUGGGCUGGGCGUCGUCGGUCGCGACUCUUACGGUGUCUUCCCCCUACGCGGAAAGCUGCUCAACGUCCGCGACGCGAAGCACGACCAGAUCAUGAAGAACGAGGAAAUUCAGAAUAUCAAGAAGAUUCUGGGGCUGCAGCAUAACAAGACGUACACAGACACGGCUGGCUUGCGGUACGGUCGCCUCAUGUUGAUGACGGAUCAGGAUCACGAUGGUUCUCAUAUCAAGGGGCUCCUCAUCAAUUACUUGGACCACUUCUACCCGUCGCUCUUGAAGCUGCCUAAAUUCCUCGUCGAGUUCAUCACGCCUGUGGUUCGAGUGUGGAAGGGAAAACAAGUCAUCAACUUCUACACCAUUCCCGAGUACGAAAUGUGGCUCGAGCAGACGCCUGACUCGCACAAGUGGCAGCAUAAGUACUACAAGGGUUUGGGUACGAGCAAGGAUGAGGACGCGCGCGAUUACUUCCGCGACAUGAAGCGCCAUAUGAUCCCUUUCUCUACGUCGAAAGAAGGGGACAGGGAGCUGAUUGAGCUUGCCUUCAGCAAGAAGAAGGCGGACGAUCGUAAGGAGUGGCUUCGUCAGUUCAAGCCCGGUACCUACCUUGACCACACGCAGCGCGAGAUCCCACUCUCUGAAUUCAUCAACCGGGAGCUAAUUCUCUUCUCGAUGGCUGAUAACAUCCGUUCCAUCCCCUCCGUUGCGGAUGGCUUGAAGCCCGGUCAGCGCAAGGUCAUAUGGUCUUGCUUCAAGCGUAACUUGAAGAAGGAGAUCAAGGUCGCUCAGCUCGUCGGAUACGUCUCCGAGGUAUCCGCGUACCACCACGGCGAAGCUAGUUUGAUGGCUACCAUCAUCAACUUGGCACAAGACUUUGUCGGGAGCAACAACAUCAACCUCCUCAUGCCGAACGGUCAGUUUGGUACGCGUGACCAGGGUGGCAAGGAUCAUGCCGCGGCCCGUUACAUUUUCACCGAGCUCGCACCUAUUGUCCGGACCCUCAUGCACCCUGCGGACGACGCAAUCUUGACGUACCAGCAGGACGACGGCAGGCAGGUGGAGCCGGAGUGGUACAUGCCUAUCGUCCCGAUGGUAUUGGUGAACGGCGCAGAGGGUAUCGGUACCGGAUGGAGUACGACGAUCCCGGCGUACAACCCGGAGGACAUCGUCGCGAACAUCCGGCGUCUGAUGAACAACGAGGAGCAAGAGCCUAUGCUCCCUUGGUGGCGUGGCUUCAGCGGCACGGUCAAGAAGGUCGGCGACAACAAGUACGAUGUCAUCGGUACUUGCACCAAGCUUGACGAUACGACUGUCGAAAUCACGGAGUUGCCGAUCCACCGCUGGACCCAGAAUUUCAAGGCCGAGCUUGAGGCUAUGAUUGGCGAAAAGGGUGAUGGUUCUGUCAAGGACUACGAGGAGCAUCACAACAACAUGAACGUGCACUUUAUCGUCACUAUGUCUGCGAAGGGCAUGGAGGAGGCGGAGAAGCAGGGGUUCCACGAAUACUUCAAGCUGUCCACCAAGAUCAACACGAGCAACAUGGUCUGCUUCGACUUCGACGGCAAGAUCAAGAAGUACAACGCUCCCGAGGAGAUCAUCGAGGACUUCUACCCCAAGCGUCUCGCGUACUACCAGAAGCGCAAGGACUACCUCGUGAACGAGCUGGAGGUUCAACUCGACAAGCUGAACAACCAGGCUCGCUUUGUGAAGAUGAUCAUCGACAGGGAGUUGUCGGUAUCCAACCGUCGCAAGGCGGACAUUGUUCAAGACCUUCGCAACAAGCAGUUCCGCCCCUUCCCCAAAGUCGCCAAAGCGAAGGCGGCUGGCGAGACAGAGGACGUCGUGGAGGAAGAGGACGAAGACGGCGAGGCAGGAGGCCCUGCGGGCAACCUUUCCGACUUUGAUUACCUUCUGGGCAUGGCGAUCUGGAGCUUGACCAAGGAGAAGAUCGAGAAGCUCCGGCAGCAAGCUAAUGAGAAAGAACAGGAGCUGCUGGAGCUCCUCGCGCGAACUCCUAAUCAGAUUUGGCAGACCGACCUCGACGCAUUCCUUGUGCAGUGGCGGCAAACCUGCGAGGAUUGGGAAGGCAAGCUCUGCGCUGCCGAAGAGUCUGGAGGCAAGAAGAAGCGGCGAAAGGGCGCUAAGCUCGGUGCGGCGCCCAAGAAGCCGAAGGCCGAAGACGACGAUGAGGACUUCAAGCCUGUCAAGGCGGCGGCGUCGAAGCCGAAGAAGGCCACCGAGGCAAAGAAGCCUCCCGCCGCCGUACCCUCUGGCUCGGGCAACGACAUCAAGAACGAGGAUAGCGAUGACGAUAUCCCGCCACCUCCCAGAAAACGAGUCGCUGCUGCCAAGGUCUCGAAGGCGGAGAGCGAUGACGACGUCGAGAUGGUAGUCGAACCGCGGCCGAAGCCUGCCGCAAGGAAGAAGGUAGCUCCGCCUGACGACUCGGACUCUGAACUUGAGUCUGCUCCUGCGUCGAAGGACAAAGGGAAGGCCAAGGCCACGGCGAAGUCGGGGUCAGCCUCGAAGCGGAAGAGUCUCGAUACCGACGCCGGUAGCGAUGACGGUGUCGUAAUCAAGCCAGCGUCGAAGAAAAAGAGGCCAUCCGCGGAGAAAGAUGACGAUGACGACAUCAUGGAGAUCGACGCACCGCAACCUAAGAAGAACGGGAAACAAGCAGCUAUCACGGACUUCUUGGGCAAGGGUGCUCCUGGAGCGGCGAAGAAGGCGCCAGUAUCGCGCAAGGCGUCGUCAAGCAGUCAGGCCUCGAAGAAAGCCCCAGUCAAGAAGCCUGCGAAGAAGGUGGUGGUCUCGGAUGACGAGUUUGACGAAGAUGACGAAGUCCAUGUCGUUUCUCCUCCGCCUAAGUCCCGUGUCGAGGCACCGAAACGGACGGCGAGAGCAGCGGCGACGAAGGUAUCGAAGUACGUGGAAAUCACUUCCGGGGACGAGGACGAUGGCGGUUCCGAAUUCGACGACUUUGAUUGAUGUUGUUGCUGGUUGACGAACGUGCUCUGACUCGAAUGUCUUUAUGUCUCUCUACUUCACCGUGACGAUCUUUCAUCUGUAUUCUUAUGCGUUGCCACUUGUGAUUACUACCCGUUUCGGAUGCGUGUAUUGUUCUAACGAGCGUUCAUAUCAGUACUCAUGUUCCGUCCCCGAUAUCCUAAUGCAUUACACCGUAUGUGGUAUACCCAACACGACGUGCGCUACCUCAAUGUGCAGACGGGGGCUUGAAACCCUUAAGCCACUCCGUAACGAAUGCGACCUCCUGGUGGUGGAUGGUCUGAACGAAGUCGGGCUCUGCGCUGGGGUCGGCCAGGCCGUUCUCGUCCCAGUGGUGGACAGCAGUUGGAAUGAGCUUGAAAGGGCGAAUGGUCGUGUCUGUCCGAUUGUGAGCACGAGGAUCAGGGCUGUGAGGGGUGUCGCCCCUCCAAGGAUCGUCUUCACCGUCGAUGAUUGCGAGACGGUCGUAGGCGAUAUUGUAGCCACCAAGCUUGUUGACGUCUUCAACGUUGGGCCAGGCGGGGAUUGCGAAGUGCUCGCCGGGCGGAUAAGAGAGCGUGCAGGUCAGAUGGGCAUACUCCUUGGUCAGAAGCUUGGAAAUAAUGCGAGGCGUGGCCGGGUCCGGCGGAGGAGUCAUCAAGAAGCCCCAUUGCGUGCAAACUUGGAAGUUCCACAGACGCCAAGUUUGAGAGAGGUCGGUCUGAGAGAAGGACUCCGGGUCGGUAAUCGAGCCGAAACACUCAUCCUGCUGGGCUACUGGGCAAUCCAGCGAUAUAGUCUGGUUUAUGUAGUUCGCAUAUUGGGCGGUCGCGUUCGAAAUCGUGACACCGUGAGUAGUGACGGUAGCGUUGUCCAGAGGACCGAGCGCAUCACAAAAAUCGAAGAACGAGGGGUCAUCGAUAGCAGGGUCCCAGUUCCUGUUCUGCCAAGCGCCGAGCGGACUCGAGAGUAGGCUAGCGAAGUCCGGAUCGUACGAGAUGCCGCUGAGGCCGAAGACAGCCUUGAUCGCGUUGCGCGUGUGGUUGUUCCGCGUGAGCAGAGUGUCGACCUCGUCGACCGUCUGGACGAUGCGCGCCACGCAGUCCUGCGGCGCGUACUGCCGGAUGAUGUCGAAGUAGCGCCAGUCGACGACCGUGGCGUGCGUCACGCCCGAGGACGAGAUGGAUCCGAAGACGAUAUCGGGGUAGAGCACGCGCAUGUGGGCGGCCCGCGCGCCGCCGUAGGAACCACCGUAAUAAAUCCAUGGCGUUCCCGGAGCUGUGAUGUCCCCUUUGAUGCCAGGAAUGGUUACGUUGUCGAUGAAGUUCGCCGAGUCAGCUGCCGCUUGCUCAUUGUUCAACCAUCUUAAAGAGUCAGUGGUGAAGUUGAGAACUGGGACAGAUUUUCCGUAGUAUCUGUGUUCCAGAACGAUGCCCAAGCCAUUAGUUGCGUUGGCGAGGAUGUCGAUGAUACCAGUGUCAAGGAUGGGCAUACGCUCUUCUCCAGGGCCUUCGCCAGCCUCGAAGACGAUGACAGGGCCGCCGGGUUUGUAGUGGCGAUCGCUAACCCAGUAUCGCUGCUGGAACGUGAACCCCGUGUCCGAGAAGUGGUCAAAAGGCUGCGUAAAGUUGUAAAGGGGGAAAGUAGGCGUCGCCCGUUUCGCAUGGCCGGCUGUGCGGGUCGCCUUCUUUGCAGCGAGCUUUACCACCUGCGGGUUCACCGGCCUGAUUGCCUCUGCGCCAUCAGAGCGCAGCAAGAGAGCCAGCGCGAGCGCGCCUACGCCCAGCACGCCCGACUUGAAGGACGGCAUUGGUCAAAAUAGGGAGCGGCGGAGCUGAAGUACUUGAAAUUCUCAGCGAGUCGUAGGACAUAUAUACUCUUCGAGCGUCCCGAGAAGAAGCGGGUGAUGCAUAU